AUGCACCACCACUUUGUCCCCGACAUCUACCGCCAAGCCCUGCAAUCCGCCGGCUGGCCAACCCCCUCAUGGACCACCGCAUCCUCACUGCAAAACAUGCGCGCCAACGGCGUGCAUAAAACCAUCCUCUGCCUCUCCGCCCCAGGACCCGUUAUCGCCUCCACCAACGCCUCCAUCCGGACCCUCGCGCGCCGCGUCAACGAAUACGCCGCCUCCAUCCGCGACCAGCACCCCUCGCGCUUCGGCUUCUUCGCCGCCCUGCCCUCCCUCCUCGACGAAGCCGGCACGCUCGCUGAGAUCGAAUACGCCCUCGACACCCUACACGCCGACGGCGUUUACCUCCUCACCCGCUACGGCGACGCAAACUACUACCUCGGCCAUCCGGCGUUCACUCGCAUCUGGGAGGCCCUCGACGCCCGAGGAACCCUCGUCUUCAUCCACCCCACCGUCCCCCUGGACACGGCCCUAGUGAACCCACUCCUCCGCGUCCCCACCCUCGACUAUCCGCAGGAAACAACGCGUGCGGCCCUCGACAUGAUAAUCACCAACGUUACGGGCCGGUUUCCCAACUGCUCGCGCAUCCUGCCGCAUGGAGGCGGCACCCUGCCGUAUUUGAUCUCCCGGGUGGCGAUGACGUCGAGGGAGAUGAGGGGGGUGAAGAAGAUGUUUGGGAAGACGUAUGAUGAGCUGAUGUAUGAUUUUCGCUCGUUCUAUUAUGACCUGUCCUUGGCGAGUGCGCCGGCCGUGGUGCGGUUGCUGUUGGAGUUGGUGCCGCGCGAGAGGCUGCUUUAUGGCUCGGAUUUCCCAUACGCUGAUGGGGAUAAAAUUGUGGGGUUUAGGGAGGAGUUGGAUGCGUUUCCGAUGUCGCGUGAGUUGCGCGAGAUGAUAUAUUUUCGGAAUGCGGAGGCGUUGCUUUCCUGA